AAACAGUUUGCUUUCGUUUAAGAAAAAUGUUGCAACAGAAUCGGCGUAAUGAAUACACCCCUAGGCUACUACGCUACAGGGACAGAUUUAUUAUGCAGAAAUCGAUCCGCCAUUUCCUGGUUGCAAAAAUUCUGAUAGAUCGCUUCGCCUAAUUUCAGUUUGUGACAAAACAGGCAGUCAUUGGGUAGAGAAUCAGUGUACGAUCUAAACCGCUGUGAAAUGUAUAUUUCCAUAACAAAUAAUAUUGUAUAUUCAUCUGUUUGAAGCUGGCGUGUAAAACCGAAUGUAAAAGACGCAAAAACGAAACUUCAGCACGGGAAGCAUAGAAGUAGCACACAUAGAACAGAAGUACCGCUUCUUAUACUUGCUUUCAAUGUGAAUGAAAUAUCUAUAACUCAUAUUUCUAUGGGAAUUUGUUCGGUUCUCCCCAAAAGUUACAUAUUGUAGCAAGGGCCAGGUCAGCAUCACCAGCCAGAGGGCGCUCAGAUUCAGAUGAUUUUAUUUUGGAGAGGAAGUUAAAUAGUAGGUGGUUUGAGAGGAAUCGGAGAAACAGAAGCCGUUUAUAUUCGCAAUGGAAACAUAUGAUGUUGUUUGAUUCACUUGCAUUUGACUUGGCUACUUUAAAUCGCGGUCGUAUAAGCGAGCUGCUGAAAGCGAUGGUUAAAGUUUGAGACCGAUCGAAUCAAAGUCAAGACAAAAAGACGAUCGUUGAAGAGGAUUAAAAGCGCCCGGAAACCUUUAUUUAUCUCUUCUUUGAUCAGAUUCUGCUCACUUAAUUCAUUAUUGGUGACCAGUUCCCUGGUGUUUUGUUGUUGCAGUUGAGAGGUAGCACAUCGGAGGAAGAUGUAAAACCACAGCCAUGUGGUUUAUUUUCUUUCCAUGUAAGUUAUUAGGCCUACAAUGUAGRUAUUUUCUUCAUCACAGAAUACGUGUUUUAAGUAAAUCGGCAUACUUAGGGUUAUUGUACAUUAUUGCCACAAGAUCUACUAGGAAGUGCAACAUUUUCAUAUAAUGUAGCCUAAUUCAAAAUAAUUUAUUAGACCACAGACUCUUGCCUCUCUUGUUUACCGUAGGACAGCCGUCAUGCACGAAAUGGACACAAAACAACUCCUAAACAUCCUUUUAAACUUUACAUUUACUUUUUAAGAGCCAAUAAUGUUGCUAAAUCGCAUUGUUUUUGCAUUCAUACAUUUUUUUUAAAUCACCAAGCCCACAGCAGUCAGACCUUUUUCUUUUGGCAGUGCCCCAAUCUGCCAGAUUUGUGAUGCAUAAUCUUCAGAGAAAAAAAACGAUAUUUCCAAUUUUGACUGUUUUAGAUAAUCCCAAAUUAUGCACAUUAACAUUUAUUUUAUGCAUUAGGAUUAUUUAUUUACAUCCCUCCUAUAAAUUAUUCAUAUCUAAUUCAUAAACCAUUCUUUCUCCUUCAUGCUAUAUCCACAUAUCUAUAUGUGCUAAGAGCUCAUAUUUCUCUAAGGAGGCUAAUUUUAGUAAAGAAAAAAAGGGUUGGAUUACGUCCCUCUGCUUCCUACAACUGACAUCUGUUACCAGUUGAGGUAUCAUUCCCUCUGAAAAUAGCAGCAAACAGGAAAUUGCUCACACACUGAAGUCUCUUCAGGUUCCCGUGUGAGGUCAUAAAGAUGGGACGCGGCAGUGUGGGAAGCAAAGCUGGCGCUGGUGGCUGACAGGCCCCUCCAGUGGCCAAUCAGGAUGCAUGUCUCCUCGAUGGGUGUCAGCAAGCUCUGCUUCCUGUUCUCCCUGGCUCUCUGUGCCCUGUUGCUCCUCAUCCCCACCCUCCAGCCCUCACAGCAUCAGGGGGACCUGCCCCAGCCCCGGGCCCACAACAAGCCUGCCCGGCACCCUGGACAUCUGGUGGUUCCUCUCCAGGCAGAUAUGGGGAAAGUGACAGUGGGGCGUAAUGGGAUUGAUGGUGACUCUAUGGGGCAGAGCACACCAAGAGAGACCAAGAGGACUGUGGAUGGGGACUGGGUGUAUACAGCUCGUCGAGCUGACACCCAGGGCACUGGGAAGCAUACAGACUCUCAGACAGGGUCAGAGGGGGACUUCCUCCACAGAGCUGGGGGUGUGACGGGGGCUGGAGGGUCUCGGCCCAGGAACCCUCUGGAGCUGAAAGACAUUUUUAUAGCAGUGAAGACCACCAGGAAGUACCACAAGUCCAGAUUGGAUUUGCUGUUCCAGACCUGGGUGUCCAAAGCCAAAGAACAGACCUUUAUAUUCACAGAUGGGGAGGAUCAGGAGCUGAGGAGGAGAGCAGGUAAGACAAUACACUCUUCCAAAGGUGGACAAUGGGCUAACGUCAUCAACACCAACUGUUCAGCAGCACACACGCGGCAGGCCCUGUGCUGUAAGAUGUCUGUGGAAUACGACAAGUUCAUCGAGUCACAGAGGAAGUGGUUCUGCCAUAUGGAUGAUGAUAACUAUGUGAUUGUACCCAGUCUGCUGAAGCUGCUGUCCUCCUACCACCACACGCAGGAUGUUUACCUGGGCCGGCCCAGCCUCGACCACCCCAUAGAGGCCGCAGAGAGGGUCAAGAGUGACGGAUCUGUGUCAGUGAAGUUCUGGUUUGCUACAGGAGGAGCAGGGUUCUGUAUCAGUCGUGGUCUGGCCCUCAAGAUGAGUCCAUGGGCUAGUCUGGGCAACUUCAUCAGCACGGCGGAGAAGAUCCGUCUCCCUGACGACUGCACCAUGGGUUACAUCAUCGAGGCGCUGCUGGAGGUGACACUGACACACACACACCUCUUCCACUCCCACCUGGAGAACCUGCAGAGGCUUCCCACAGACACCGUGCUGGAGCAGGUCACUUUGAGCUACGGGGGUUUUGAGAACAGGAAGAAUGUGAUCAGCAUUGGAGGAGCCUUCUCUCUGGUGGAGGACCCCUCACGAUUUAAGACUGUCCACUGCCUCCUCUACCCAGAGACUGGCUGGUGUCCUAGUAAGGGUCACCAUUGAUGGCCAGUAUAGCAUAUCUACAAUACUUCCUACCUGCCUGGUUGACUGGUGUCCCUGUGUAUGCUAGCUAUAUCAUUGCCAUGGCAAAAUAAUGACAAGGCCAAACAGGUUCACUGGCACCCAGGCUAACCCUACAGAACCACUACACUCAGAUCAAAUGGCUAGACGUCUGUGGGUCUUUGAGCGGACAUGAGGCGAGACAAGAUUAGGUAACUGGAGCGAGGAUCACUUUGGUCAUGGUGGGAUGAUGAAGAAACACCCCACUACUUUGUCUUAUCACUACUGUACCCUCCACUCAARGCAGGAAGUUGCUGCUGUUGGCUGUUGCCGUAGCGAUGUUUCACCACUCAUUGCUUUUGUUGUAGCUUUGAAUCCCAAACAUACUAUUGUGGUCCAGAGAUGUCUUUGAAGAAGUAUUAAUGUAUUUAAAUGACUGUUGAAAAGGUACCUUAAGAUGCUGAACAUGGUGAAAUGUAAAUGCAUUUGCUUUUAGGUCCCAAAAAUGUACUGGACUGGUGUUUUAUUAUGAGGGCUCAUGACCAGAAAUCAUCAGAGGUGAAUAUCUGAUAUCAGUGUUACAUUAAGUAAUGCCUGAGAGCCGUUUGUGACUGUUUAACGGAGUCAAGAAGCUCACUCCACAGCUUGCUUGAAAUGAUCAUUUUGUAUAGGUCAAACGUGUGUUUGCGAGCAGAGGAUCACUAGUCCCCUGGUAUGGGGACAGUGGAGGAAGCCAUAGUGUUAGCAGCAUACUGACAUCAGUUUCACUUUACAGACAACCCUUGUUGUGCCCUUCAUGUCCUGAAGUUAAUUUCUUACCAGAAGAUGUUUCAAACUGGUGUCUGUACAUGUGUGUGUGCAACCUAACUACUCAGUCAGAAUGAUUUCAACAUCUUAUAGCCAAAGAUGAUGCCAGUGCCUUAUGUGCAUUUCCAAAGUCUAGUUGACUGAAACAUGACAAAUGUUUUAAAGGAAUGAAACUGUGAUAGUACUGUAUGAAUAAAAAUGUGUGCACCACACACACACACAGCCUUGCAGUAACCAAAACAGACUCUGAUCAUGAGCACACUAUCUUAAAGAUCAUUCAUUAGAUAUUUGUUGUUGCCUCUAAGUGUUUCCCACAAUGCAUGUUACAAGUUAUUUCUCUGUCAAAAAGACACGUUUUGCACUCAUCUCAAUUCCUGUGUAUAAUAUUUCUGUGUAUUAAAAGUUACGGUAGUGUUGUAAUGUGUGAGCUUGAGCUGGAAGUACAUGUCUUUUCCUGAUGGCUCACGCUCUCCCUUUUUGCACAAAAACACUAGAAUCCAGAACCAGAAUCUCUUUCCCCGCUGCAGGUCAGUGUCAGAGAGGGAGAUAAGAGUCUGACUCCAGUCAGGAUGGGAUUUUUCCUCUUCUUCUGUCCUCCUUUUUACCGUUGAUGUAUUGUUUUGUGUUGAAUAAAGCAUGUUUUGCAGCAUUACAAAACAACACCACUA